AUGGCCGAGUACGCUGCGAUGAAGAGCCCGCCUGGGUGUCCGCCGGACGCAGCCGCGCCCCGGAAGCGGUACCUCAACAUUGCCAUCUCCAACGACAACGAGCAAGGCCCGUCGUUCCUCUAUCCUGCCAAAGACUGCGGCUACGAAAACGUCACGGCGCCGCCGGACGAAAUCGACGCGAUCCGCGUGACGCUCAACCGCCCCAAGAAGCUUCUCGGCGAGUGGCGCUCGACCGCCAUCUCGGGCAACGAUCUCCUCGGCAGUUGCCUCUACUCGGCUGGUCUCGUCGCCGCGUCCGCCGGGUACCUCGCGCCCGUCGGCUUCCUCCUCGUCUCGCUCGUGCUCUAUGUCUUCCGCUUCAUCUACGAGGAGGUUGUGACAGCUUUUCCGCUCAACGGAGGUUCGUACAACUGCCUCCUCAACACCACGUCGAAGCGGUUUGCCGCGAUUGCGGCGUGCAUGAGCAUCCUCUCGUACCUCGCAACCGCGGUGGUCUCGGCCACAUCGGCGACAUUCUACUUUCAGUCGCAGUUCCCAGAGCUGCCCGUCCUCGGCACAUCGAUCGGCAUCCUCGGACUCUUUGGUGUUCUGAACAUCAUUGGCAUUGGCGAGUCGGCGGUCGUCGCAUUGAUCAUCUUCAGCUUCCACGUGUUGACGCUCACGGUGCUCGUUGUCGUCAGCGCCAUCUACACGUUCAAGCACCCGGACGUUAUGAAGGACAACUUUCACACGGCGCUGCCAAAUGUCGACUUUGCCGGCAACAUCAUCACGGGCAAUGUCGCGACGGCGCUCUUCUUUGGGUUUUCGUCGGCGAUGCUCGGCGUCACGGGGUUCGAAACUUCGUCCAACUUUGUCGAGAACCAGCAGCCAGGCGUCUUUCGGAAAACGAUGCGGAACAUGUGGGGGUUUGCCACGGUCUACAACCCGAUUCUGUCGCUUUUGAGUCUCGGCGUGCUUCCGCUGCACAGCGAAGACGGGCUCAUGGCGUUCCAGAGCACGGUGCUUGCGCAAAUGGGCUACGUCGCGGGUGGCAAGUGGCUCCAGCUCUGGGUAGCCAUCGAUGCACUUGUCGUGCUGGCGGCCGGUGUCCUCACGUCGUACGUCGGCAUCACGGGUCUCAUCCGGCGCCUCAGCAACGACCGCGUCGUUCCGGCCUUCCUCACGCACGAGAACAAUUGCCGCGGGACACCGCAUUGGAUCUCGAUUCUCUUCUUCGUCGUGAGCGCGAGUCUCGUCUGGGUCCUCAACGCCGACGCAACGAUUCUCGGCGGCGUCUUUACCUUCGCGUUCCUCUCGAUGAUGUUCCUCUUUGGCGCGGGCUGCAUUACGCUCAAGCUCAAGCGCACCGACAUUCCGCGCGACGUGCAGGCACCGUGGUGGGCGUGCAUCCUCGGUGUCACCAUGGUCGCGAUCGGGUAUUUCUGCCAGCUCCUUGGCAACCCGCAAGUGCUUUUGUACUUUUUCCUCUACUUUAUCGUGAUUGCCGGCGUCGUCUUCGGCAUGGUCGAGCGCAUCGCGAUCCUCCGCCUCUUCAUCUUUGUCAUCAACGUCGGUUGCGGCAAGAGCAAGACGACCAAGACAACAGCGACGAGGACGCCCGACGCGCUUGAAAGCAGCCAGCCGAGCAAGGUCCGGUUCUUUGAGAGCGAAAACCACCGUGUCGCCAAGCUCACGCAGGCCAUCAAGACGAUGAACGAGCGCCCGAUGAUCUUUUUUGUGAAAGCACCCAACCUCACGACGAUGAACAAGGCCAUCAUGUACGUUCGCCGCAACGAGAUCACGCAGCACCUCCGCUUCGUGCACGUGUACGCGGACGAGAACGAAGCGAGCGCGAUGGCGAUCCAAGAAAUGCGGGACAUGGUCACGCUCUUCGACUCGAUUUACCCCAAGCUCCGCAUGGACUUUAUGUCCGUUAUCGGCAACUUUGACCCGGCCAUGAUCCAGUGGAUUGCGCAAGAGUACGACGUGCCCACCAACAUGAUGUUCAUCAAGCAGCCCAGCAACCUCGCGGCGCACAAGGUCUCGUCGCGCGGCGUCCGCGUCAUCACGGGCUAAGAACGACUACGACACUGCCGAACGCAGGCAGUGUUUUUAUAGUAACGUAAUAGCAAGUCUCAUGUAUAAAA